AUGCUUGAGCGCCUUGCCAAUCAUCAAUACUACUGUUUCUUGGAUGGAUACUCAGGAUUUUUCCAAAUUCCAAUCCACCCAGAUGAUCAGGAGAAGACUACAUUCACUUGUCCCUAUGGCACAUAUGCUUAUAGGAGAAUGCCUUUUGGAUUGUGCAAUGCUCCAGCUACAUUCCAAAGGUGUAUGAUGUCCAUAUUCACAGAUCUCAUAGAAGAGAUUAUGGAGGUUUUCAUGGAUGAUUUCUCAGUAUAUGGUUCUUCCUUUGAAUCAUGUUUGGGGAAUCUUGGAAGAGUGCUACAGAGAUGUGAAGACAAGCACCUAGUUCUAAAUUGGGAGAAGUGCCAUUUAUGGUUAGAGAUGGAAUAG